UUGCAGUGACCAGGAGCCGGACUAGGGCUCUGCUAACCCACGUCUAUGGUUCUGAUAACGGCAGGAAACCUGGACUGUAAAAUAUUAUUGGAUCAACACUCAACCUGUUAUUCUCCCUCUGAUGUGUCGAUUUCUCUGAACUGACCGACUGAACACUCAGUUUUAUGGUUUUCUCUGUUGAACGUUGACCUGGAUCACCGGGUCGGAGUGACUCUGCAUUUCCUGGAAAUAGCUUCUGAAUCGGCUGCUUUGUUCACCGGCAGACGCUCCUGUCUUUGUGUCGUUAACAAGAGCUUUGUUUUGUAGGAGAAAGGACGCCCGAGGCAGGUGUUACUGCUUGACCUCUCAGAGAAGAUGAGUGAUGUGGAGGAGGAGGAGGACCGAGGAGGACCGAGCAGAGUCUCCAGUCUCCAGCUGUCUGUCCAUGAAGAGUGACCGGACCAAAUGGAGACCUCCAGACUUCAGUGAUGAACCUGGACCCUCAGAAACAAAGCAGAGAGCAGAGUCUGCAGUAUCCAGCUGUCUGUCUAUGAAGAGUGAAUGGUCCAAAGCAUCACCUCUCAACUUCAGUAAUGAACCUGGACCCUCAGACACAAAGAGUCAUGGGAGACAGUUUGUUACAGAGAGGAAGAGGAGUCAUGUUUCUGUGGAGGAGCAGCCGUCCUGCUGUGCUUUGUGUCAGGACGUCCUGAAGGAUCCAGUCUCUACCAGCUGUGGACACUGGUUCUGCAGAUGGUGCAUCACCUCAUACUGGGACCAGUCUGCUUCAUCAGGAGACUCCUCCUGUCCCCAGUGUGGAAAAAGAUCCAGAACAAGAGCUGGACUGCAGACAGCCAGUCAGAGCAGCUCUGUACAAACAGAUAGUGGUCUGCAGGAGGUUUUAGAUGAACAUAAGAUCAGUCUGAGGAGGAGAUGUGAACAUGUGACUGAAGGAAGUCAAGAAACAGGAAGUGGAACCCUCCUCAACACGAUCUACACUGAGCUCUACAUCACAGAGGGACAGAGUGAAGAGGUUAAUACCCAGCAUGAGGUGAGGCAGCUUGAGACAGCUUCCAAGAAGAAGACCCUCCAUGACACUCCAAUCAGGUGCCAGGACAUCUUUAAAGCCUUACCUGGCCAACAGAGAGCCAUCAGAGUGGUUCUGACCAACGGCGUCGCUGGCGUUGGAAAAACCUUCUCAGUGCAGAAGUUCACUCUGGACUGGGCAGAGGGCUCGGAAAACCAAGAUGUCGGUCUGCUGGUUCUGCUCUCGUUCAGGGAGCUGAACUUGAUCAAAGAUGAGCGGCACAGUCUCCUCACGCUGCUCCAUGUUUUCCAUCCAACAUUACAGAAGGUCCCAGCAGAGAAGCUCGCCGUCUGGAAACUGUUGUUCAUCUUUGACGGCCUGGAUGAAAGCAGACUUUCAUUGGAUUUCCACAACAGUGAGGUUGUGUCUGAUGUCACACAGAAGUCAUCAGUCAACCUGCUGCUGACAAACCUCAUCGAGGGGAAUCUGCUUCCCUCGGCUCUCGUCUGGAUAACUUCCCGACCUGCAGCAGCCAAUCAGAUCCCUCUAUCAUGUGUCGACAGGGUAACAGAAGUACGAGGCUUCACUGACGCCCAGAAGGAGGAGUACUUCAGGAGGAGAGUCAGUGAUGAAGAGCUGUCCAGCAGAA